CAUCGUGCAGGAUCUGCGACUAGGUUUGCGCCCACGUCGUUUUGAAAUCCGAAAAGCGGCUUUCGCAACAGAAAGACGCAAGCAAGAAGCAACGACUAUUGUGAGCGGCUUAGCAGCUUGGGCAGAACAGAGGAAGAUAGAACGAUUAAGGGUUCAAACUACAUUUCUUCACUUUUACAUGUUUUUCUUUUUCUUCCUUAGCAUUAUUAGUACUUUUCAGAUUCUGUAACAAGAAGAAUGAAAUGUUGUUCCAACGACCUUUAAAACGAGCCAAAAAGCUGCGAGACAUGCAGCGGGUCCGUCAAGCGCGUCGACUUCAAAAAGCCAACAGGACUAGCUUGAGUAUCACGGCUCCGGUCCACUUACGAGACAUAGAGCAAGCCGAAGACGACAAUAGUUCGGAUCACAGUUCUUCAGUUGAAGAGGGCAACACUAACAAAAGCAACUCUGUUCGAGGAGAGCAACAACGCGUAAGAAGUUUUGAAGAAGAUGCGGAGAUCAUAAAGCGUAAGAAGGUGGAUCAAGAACAAGAAAAGCAGAAGAAAAAGGCCGCCG